AGCGUUGCUUAGAGAUGCAAAGGCAAUGCAGCUCCACAGGCUCAGAAAGCAACAAAAAGAUGAGGAAUGUGGCGGGGAGGGGGCUUUUUUAUGUAUUUUGUAGUGUGAGGGGUUUUUUGUUGUUGUUUUUUGGUUUUUAAGGGCAGCCUUUCUGUCUCCAGGAGCCGGUGGCGAAGCCGCCCUGCUGGGCAGGGUUUGGCCGCUUCCCCCUCAUUUCGCCCAAAAAUCUUCCGGACGGAGGGGGCUGCCUUCUGCCCGGGGCGGGUGUCGGAAGCUCUCAGGGCGGGGAGGGCUGGGGCACCUAAGGAGCUCCCGAGGGCGUGUGGGGUGCCAGGAGACCCUGCGGUGACAGGAGGAGGCAGAAUGGAGGUCCUGGAGGAGCGUGAAGAAGAGGAGCACGAAGAAGAGCAGGAAGAAGAGGAGCAAAAAGACAAAGAGCUGAAGCCUUUGGAGAUCAGUGAUAAACCCGAGGACUUGAAGACAAAGGAGUCUGUGGAGCGAGUCUGUGUCCCAAGUGAUGUACCUGAUUUUGACUGGAGCUCCAUUGACACGUCUCAGUUACCAUCCUCGUACAAGACAAAUUCCCCAAGUGAAGAGAAGCUGUUGCAUGUUGCUGCCCAUUUCCUCCAGCAGUACACUCACAUCUGCCCUGACCGCAAGCCGCUCUUCCUACACCCGGUCAACGAGUGUGGUGUGGAGAAGUUUGUGAGCACAACGGUGAGGCCAACCCUGCUGCCUUAUACAGAGCUGUACCACUGGGAUGGCUGUGCCAGCUUUGUCUCUGAUUACCUCAUUAUGGAGCCCCUCAAGUCCCCUAUCACACCGCCCAGUUCACUCUAUUCCCCAACCACCAUCCUGAAAUAUCAGCGAGGGAACUGCUUUGACUUCAGUGUGCUGCUGUGCUCCAUGCUGAUCGGGGCUGGGUAUGAUGCCUAUUGUGUGCACGGGUAUGCCACCCGCGAGAUAUGCACCCUGGACGAGACUCUGGAGGUGUGUCCGCUGCUCAGGAAGACACAGGAGGUACCAAAAGAGGAAAUUAAGAAGUCCAACAAGUAUAGAAUUAAGUCCCCACCAGACCUGCAGAGCAAGUUCGAACUUCAGCAAAAGGCCAAGAAGGCAAAGAAGGCAGAAACUGAAGCUGCUCAAAAGGACAAGGAAAGAGGAGAGGAGAUGGUCAUGAAAGUGGAAAAGCCCAAGGGAGACCCUUUGCAUGGCUUACGGGUGCAUGCAUGGGUUUUGGUUCUGUCUGGGAAGAGAGAGGUGCCUGAGACUUUCUUCAUCAAUCCCUUCACGGGAAACAGCCACAGCACCACGGAUGAGCAGUUCCUUGGGAUUGAGAGCAUCUGGAACCACAGGAACUACUGGGUGAACAUGCAGGACUGCUGGAAUGGCUGCAAGGAUCUCGUCUUUGACUUGAGUGACAAUAUCCGCUGGGAGGUUAUGCUUUCAGGGAGUGACAAGCCUCAUCAGCUGCUCCCAGAUGCUGAGGAGAAAAAUGAGUUGCCUGACAAUGACAUGGAUGACGUGCCAGAACCAGAGGAUGAAAACAGGAAUUUGGAUAUGCCACCAUCGUGGGUAGACCCAAUUCAGAUAUCUCCCAGAGAGUUUGAGACCCGCUGUUGCCAGGGGACAAAGGUGACUCUGUACAAGAAAGCAAAGCUGGAGAAAUGGGCACCAUAUCUGAAUGCAAAUGGGCUGGUGAAACGGCUCACCGUCUACGCAGAUGCAGAGUGUUCUGAAGUAGUGGAGGUGAAGGAGUGGUUCACAAACCGAGAAGACAUGUUGGAUUUGAGAGAAGUGAAUAAGCGAACACAGCUGACCACAGACUACUUCAGCCCAGGACACCGCUUCCAUCUUAAAGCUCACACCUACAUGUGGCUGGAACCAGAGACUGAAAAUACGAUGGAGUUUUACAACGAGGCGCGAGUUGAUGGCCUCCAGAAACGCGUUCAAAGUGCUAUGGAGAUGACAGAGUACUUUGUGGGGCGGGAUGACUUUCUGCACGUCCGGUACACGGAGUUUGGCAAAAGAGGAAAGAAAGUACACUUGGCUGGCAUGAGAGCUGAUGCUAACGCCCGGCCUAUAGUGCAAAUCAAGGAGUGUUUCCACAGAAACCCAGAAAAGCCUGCUGAUGAAGAUGUAGCAGAACGUAUCUUUCUGAUCACAGAGGAGAUGAUCCAUCUGACAUACCACCUCAAGGAUAACUACCUUACUGCCUCACAGAAGGAUUUCUUCAAAAUACCAGAGGGGGAGAUAAGAGGAAGAGAAGACGUCAUGACCCCAGACAUGUGCAUCACAUACCAGGCGGGGUUCUCUAAGGAAGAGAAGCUGGUCCAUCUGUACAAAAUGUUGCAGGAGCUAAUAGAGGUGGAGAAGCAGCUGAAGGAACAAGUGCGGCGAUCUGAAGCAGAGGUCUUAAACAUUUUGAAGACCCGUGAGAAUGAAGAAAAUUCCGUUAAAUUGUUAGUUUCAAUUUAUGAUACAGAGAGGAAUGAAAAGAGAAGACAAGAGUAUGAAGCUAUGAAGAAGAGCAGGGAGGAUGAUCUCCUGGGACAAGAGGGCCAGGAUCUGGAUUACUUGGCACCUUUCCUUCUUCAAACUGGAAACACAGAGAAAAUUACCAAGGCACAGGCCCUGCGCCUCAGAAAUGAUUGCCUGGCUGAUUUGAAGCGGCGCCUCGUUAAUAAAGCCAACAUCAUCCAGGCUCGCUUCGAUAAGGCGGUGGAAGAGCUGCAGAAGAAAGAUGAGUGGUUCCAGGAAAACCAGGAUAAGCUCAGCGAAGAGGAAGAGGAGGAAUUCCUCGCCCGUUACUCUGAAACCACGUUCCUUAUCCACAUUCUAUCGCUGAGGCUCAGGAGGGAAAAGGAAACAGCGCCACAGAAAUACCUUGCUCUGGAAGAGAAGCUGCGCAAGGAUCCUCGCUUCGCUGAGCACCUCGGUCACGCCUGACUUUACUCCUUCACACCAGACGCUGGAAGUUGGUGUAGACGCCUGUUAGAUGCAGCCUGGAAAAAACAUGGAAAGCUUUUCCUACUUUCCUGCAGCAAAUCUUUUAUUAUCAUCAGAUUAAUGGAGAUUUUAAUGAACUUGUAGAAUUCUGCUUCUUCUUUUCCUUCUCUUCUGUUUAAGGCCCAUCUACAAUUUCAUCAAUUGUCUUCUCAUGCAAUUCCAUCAUGUUUGCGACUGAAGUCUGAAUGAGACCUAAGUUUUAUGGUCUGCUUCAGAAGUUGCUAUAAAUUAUGCAUGCUGUGUUGCAGGGUCCUUUUUCCCCAAACCUGUGGGAAUAACAGUUCUUUUCCAACAUAAUAAUAUUUUAGCAAAUUUAUGAUUUGGUUUUAUAAGUAGCACAAGCGAAGAUUUUGAACUUGUGAGAUCAUAACAAAUACAAAAAUUCUUUGACCUCAUUUAGAGCCAUCUGUUAACCACAAAACCCAGAAAGACUAAUAUGCAAGCUGACAAACUUUGGAUUUUGACAUCUUUGUUUUUCUUUUCGAAUAUCUCCACUCAGUGUUCACAAAUAUACAGGUAGAAAGUAAAAAGAAAUCCAAAAAGCAUACCAAAUCCAAGAAAUUUUAGGUGAUCAGGUGAUUUGGUUAAUAAUAAUUCCCCCAAAUCCACAAGUGGAAGCCGGUAUGUGUGUGCCAUGUAUUGGUGUUUCUGUAAGUCCCUGAACCUGCUGGGAAGCGAUUUCUGAUGUCACCUGUAGUAGAUGAGGCACCAUGGACACCUGUGGUGGUUCCACCUACAGUUCCCAACUGCUACAGUCUUCCAGGAACAACCUCCAAUGAUCAUCUUCAGCAAAGACUAUAGGGAUUGCAGCUCGGGGAAAGCAGAAACCUAUUUUGCUGUGAUACAGCAGAAGGGACAUUACACUUGAAAUAUAGCAUGAACCAGAGCAGAUUAA